AGGUGAUUUGGUCGAAGGAUCGAACCUCGGUGGACCCACUCUGUAAUUUCUUUUCUGUCCUCUUAGCCAUAUGUCCGACGCCAUAUAACCGUAAAUAAAAUGUGUCAAGUGCUUCGUUAAAUAAAACAUUUCCUUCCUUCCUUUUUCUGUCCCAACCAGUGUUCCGCGACUCGUUUAUCAAAGGCCGUGGUUCGUGCUGUCUUGUUUGAGAACGACACAACACAAUACACUCUUAUUUUUAUGUAGUAUAGUAUUCCCGAUGACUGAACAUUUCCGCUUUUUAUUCUUUAUUUUCGAUCCGAGGGGAUCUACUGUGACAACGAAAUAUUAUCAGCAAUAGAAAUUGAUUUUUAGUCCGACAGAACCGUAAAGAGCAAACACAGAUCCACUCUGAUUAAAAAAUAUAAUAAACUGUUUAAACCGCCCAUGUUCUUUGUACGCUCAGCUGAAUUUAUUGUCGACUGACCACUGAAGCAUGCAAUUUUUCUGAAGCCAUGAAUAUCAUAGAUAACGCCUUCCAUUGGCUCAUGACAAUAACAGUUUCUUUGUUCCAGCUGACGCAAGCUUCUAAAUAUGCCAACACGUGUUCCCUCAAAAUCUAACAAUUGUCUUGUUUUCAAUGAAAGAAGAAGUUAAAAAAGACCUCCACUGACCUGGAACUUGUUUUAAAUGCUAUAUUUGUAUGGAUAUGUAGUCAGGAUGGUGUAGUGAUUAAGACAUCACACUUAAGACUGAUCCAAGCUACACGAUGGAAUUGCGAUAUCUGACGAUGCUGUUGGCGUUGUCUUUUUUACACGUCGUAGUGGGCACACUCACACUUGGAGGUGACAACGUCUGUCAGCGCAUGCAACCUUACACGAUAACGAAGAAGGUUUUGACGAAGAAGGCGGUACAGAAGUGUACACAUACCUGGUGCCUGGCCCUCCCACCUAGAUGUACGCACUGCUACUACGUUUACCGAUCAGCAUACAAGUUGGUGACCCGGUUGAGACAUCGACCGAUCCCCAUGUGUUGUAGGGGAUACACAGAAAUCGACAACCAGUGCAAACCGGUGUGUACGCAAGGGUGCGUACAUGGGAAGUGCGUGUCUCCAAAUAUCUGUUUGUGUUCGUCUGGCUUUAGAGGCGAUAGUUGUGAUUCAGUGUGUCCUUCAGGCAGAUGGGGACCGAACUGUGAGAGGACGUGUGAUUGUUCAGGAUACGGAACGUGUGACCCAACCCUAGGUCACUGUAUUUGUGCGCCAGGUUACACUGGAGGGAAGUGUCAAACAAUAUGCCCUCAGGGGACGUACGGAAGAAACUGUCAGUACCACUGCGCAUGUCGACAAGCUGACGCAACAUGUGAUCACGUGAACGGAAAAUGUAAUUGCCCGCCUGGUUUCUACGGAGCGCUUUGUGAGAAAGUCUGCCCACCUGGUUCCCAUGGCAACCAUUGUUUGGAAAAAUGUGACUGCCAGAACGAGAUCUCGUGUAACCCGAGAGAUGGAAGUUGCAAAUGCUUGCCAGGAUGGAAAGGCGACAUCUGCAGUCUAAAAUGUUCGCCAAUUCAUUAUGGUGCCGGCUGCGCGGAAACGUGCCGCUGUUACAACGGGGCUACAUGUGACCAUAUUACCGGCAAGUGCACAUGCGCAAACGGAUACUUUGGCAACAGGUGUGAGACACCGUGUAUAGAAGGAACGUAUGGCAAAGACUGCAAACAGAACUGUUCGUGCGACCAUGGUGGUAAAUGUAGUGUUGUGGACGGUUCCUGCACGUGCACUAGUGGAUACACAGGGACGUUCUGUACGGACAGAGUUUGCCCCAACAAUCGUUACGGUGCGUACUGUAGCAGUGUCUGCAAGUGCAGCUGGUCGCAUACCAAGGAAUGCGACGCCACUACAGGCAAAUGUUCCUGCAAGCCCGGCUACCAGGGUGAGAGAUGCGAUGAAACGUGCCCAGCCCUCUACUACGGAGAACGAUGCGAGACACCGUGCGACUGUUUGAACGGGGCCAACUGUGACACGGUCACUGGGGCGUGUCUCUGUGCCGCCGGUUUCCAUGGAGACAGAUGCAAGCAAAAGUGCCGUCAAGGAACGUAUGGAAUCAAUUGUCAGAUGAACUGUAACUGCCUGCAUGACAAGUUCUGCGUGCCACACAACGGCCAGUGCAUCUGUCAACCAGGCUACACUGGAACCAAGUGUGACGUGUACUGCGAGGCUGGAACGUACGGAGAGAACUGCACGGGGGUUUGUAACUGUGAAAACGGAGCGGAGUGCCACCCAAUCGACGGGUCGUGUAUAUGUACUAGAGGUUACAACGGAACGCGCUGUGAGAACCAGUGUGAUGAAGGAACGUAUGGUUAUGGAUGUCGAAGUAAAUGUCACUGCGUUCCAGGAAACACAAGGCACUGUGAUCACGUGACGGGGCAGUGCAUCUGCAAGACAGGACACAAAGGAAUAUACUGCGACAGCACGUGUCCAGAUGGCACAUUCGGGGCCAACUGUGCGGAAAAGUGUCCCUGCAUCAACGGCGGAACUUGUAAAGACAAUACGGAGGAGUGUGACUGUCCCGCGGGAUACACGGGGGAGGUGUGCGCUGAAGUGUGCUCGUUCGGUUAUUAUGGCCCGAACUGCGAGUCACAGUGUCCACAGUGUGACGUCACGACCAAGUCAUGUGACAUGAUUACCGGAGAAUGCCCGUGCAGACCCGGCUUCAAGGGAAUUGAUUGCUCCGAAGUUUGCCGUUCCGGAACAUACGGCGACGGGUGUCAUGGCGUCUGUAGUCCGUGUCUGUACGGAGCGUGUAGUCACGUGACAGGGGAGUGCGAAUGUCUGCCUGGGUUUGUUGGAGACCAGUGUGACAAAAGAUGCCAGCCUGGUUACUAUGGAAACAAAUGCACCCAGGCCUGCCAGUGCCAGCACGGGGCCGAAUGUCGGGUCACAGACGGGUACUGCAAGUGUCCUGCAGGCUACACCGGGGUGUACUGCUCUAAAGUGUGUUUUGACGGCACGUAUGGUGUGAAUUGUGGCCAGACGUGUUUCUGCUCGGCAACACAGACGUGCGAUCCUUUCCGUGGUUGUGUUGAGAGAGGAAAAUUUGAGCAACAACAGAAGGUGGAAACCACGACGGAAUCGUCGUUCAACCCGAUGCUGAUCGGAGUCAUCUCAUUGGUCGUUCUCCUGGUGAUCGUCGUCGUGGCGUUAAUCAUGUUCUUCGUGCGAAGGAUGAAGAAGAUAAAGCGGGACACGAUGUCGGCCAUUUACAACGCAGGAAGACAACAGUCGAUCAUCAGUAAUGGCGGACCUGCAGUAGGGGUAGACAACCCUAUGUACGUCACAAGCGGGAUGACACAAGUCCCGAACACCCCCUUCCGACCCGUCGCCCCUGCCCAGCACCGCCCUGUGGCGCGGGUGAACAAUCUGACAUUACCGGGGGUUUCCGUUGGCGCUGCGAUGGCUUCCGAGACUGACGGGAAAUACAUGAAGACUGUGAAUAUAGAUAAGAAACCCGUAUCCGAAGACGACGAUUCGGACAACGAUUCCAUAGCCAAUAUAAAGUUAGCCAACGCCGCAGGUGCGACGGGUGACCAGGAUCGUCCUUAUAACCCCAAGGUGGACGGCAAGCAGCUAAUGUUUGUCGCGGGACACACCAGUCUGGGUACAGACAGUUCACAGUACGACACCCCGAGACCAGUGUCUGGUGAAGGACAAGGAACGGAAUUAACAACUGACAACGUCGAAGCAACGCCACAUUAUGACACGAUCAACUUAACCAGCGUGGACAACGAACUCAACGAAAUUAGAGACACCUACGAAGACAUUUCUACACCGACAUGAUUACACCGGCAUUCCAUAUCAAUUUCAUGUCAAUUCCGUGUCAGGUUACACCCAGCAAUUUACAUGUUUAUUUGGCCAAAGGUCUUUUGAAAUGAUGACAUAUAGAUAAUAUUUCCAAAAACUGAUCAUAUGAAAUGAGGGAUGGGUGGCGAUAACAAUCUUUUUAUGCUAGUGAGUGUGUCAUAUAUUUCCCUUGUUCAUUCUUGUUUUAAAUAAAACUUUAUUUUUUGUAUGUAUGUAUGUAUGUAUGUAUGCAUACAUAUAAACAUAUUUUUUUUACUUUUAUAUUUUGUUGCAAUAAUAGAAAUAGACUAUGCAAUGAUGACAAUUACACGUUACGUCAAUCAAUUAUAUUAAUGUUGAAUUAAUUGAUUCAUUUUAUCAACAUAUUUGAAUGAAAGGUGUUAACUAUUGUAAUGAUUUAAAUGUCGAAUUUACUGCUUAGUUAUGGUAAAAUAUAUAUUCCAUAGAAAUGUAAACAGAUCAAAUAUAAAACAAGCACAAAAGUAGCUAUGCAGUGCUCAGUGUCAGGUUUGAUUAAUUAAUUUAUUUAUAGACAGACAUAAUAACGUACAUAUACACAUACAGACAGACGUACGGACAUACAGAUAUGCAUGUAAACAGAGAAAGAUAUGUACGAUGAAUCUGUCAUAUACAUUACAAUCUAACAAAGCGAAAAAACGUUAAAACUAAAGCAGAAAAAAGACUAUGCCUAUAUUUAUAACGAAAGGCACACUAUGCCCAUAUAUAUAACGAAGGACACACUAUGCCCAUAUGUAUAACGAAGGACACACUAUGCUCAUAUGUAUAACGAAGGACACACUAUGCCCAUAUGUAUAAAGAAGGACACACUAUGCCCAUAUGUAUAACGAAGGACACACUAUGCCCAUAUUUAUAACGAAGGACACACUAUGCCCAUAUGUAUAACGAAGGACACACUGUGCCCAUAUGUAUAUCGAAGGACAAACUAUGCCCAUAUUUUAACUAAAGACAGACUAUAUCCAUAUUUAUAACGAAUGACACACUAUGCCCAUAUUUAUAACGAAUGACAGACUAUGCCCAUAUUUAUAACGAAUGACAAACUAUGUCCAUAUGCUUAACGAAGGGCAAACUAUGCCCAUAUUUUAAUUAAAGACAGACUAUAUCCAUAUUUAUAACGAAUGACACACUAUGCCCAUAUUUAUAACGGACACACUAUGCCCAUAUUUAUAACGAAGGAAAGACAAAAUGUGCCUUGUUAAAGCAAAACACAGUAAAUUAAACUGGUACAAAACGAGUUAAAGUGUGAAAUGUGGAGUUUAAAAUAAGCAACGAAAUAAUAUAGUAAAAUCCUGUACACGCAGGCCUUUCAACGACAGCAUAUGACGAAUUAGUGUACUAUAGUUAUUUACAAGAUAAACAUACACUAUCAAGAACUAGAAAAGUAAGGAAAUUAAUGUUUAUAUUACAAACAAGCGGCUCGACUUAAUAUUAUCAGUACUAUUCAGUUAAAACAAUUGUAUUAGAAGCUUUUCACAUAUAACCUGAGUAUUUACGCUAUUUAUGUUAACUUGAAGUAUGCUUGCAUAUACUUUUUGGUUAAGUAUUCUGUAUUUCCGUUGUAUACCAGUGAUCGUUUAACAUUAUGUUGCUAGAUAACGUAUGGAUUGUAUGUAAACAUAUACUGUGUGAUUUUUGCGAAAAAUUCUUACUAAGGUCAAGUAAUAAAUUAUAUACAGUCAAACCUGUCCAAACGACGACCUGUCACAUUGGUCACCUGCCCUAAGCGGCCACUUUUCCCCUCCCAAAUGAUUUAUAAUGUAAAUUCACCUGUAAUAAGCGGUCAGCGGUCACCUAAAUCGCUAAAAUACAUGUAUUAAGCGGUCAGAGUAAAUGUUUACUAUUAUAUAAAAGGAAUAUGUUAACAACAGCGACAAGUUGCAGUAAAUAACCGAUCUUCGCACCUUCAGGAAUACUAGUACUCAUUCAUAUGAAUUAAGAAGGUACGACUCUAGAACGUAUGUACUUGUUUCUCGGCAGGCUACGCUUGACAUUUGUAGAUUCGCUUACUACGACAAUACACAGCAUAAAGUAGGAAUUACAUAAUUAAAUGGAAGAAGACAACAAACUUGUUGAGAACGGUUAAUUUGAUACAUUCCAGUUGUAUUUAUUUCUGAAGGAGACGACAUGUCAAAGGUUGAUUUAUAGUUAACUGUGAAGCACACAUCCGUUAAUUAGCAGUACAGACGGUAAAACAAGAAACAACAAAAUUUAUGUUUGAAAGACACUAUAUGUGGCAACUUGUUAUCAGCGGCCACUUUUAUCUACUCCCUUGUGUGACCGCUUAAGACAGGUUUGACUGUAUUGUUUCUGUAUCUGGAUGAAACCAUUAGCAGGCACGGCGGAAACAAGUAGACAUUAGUUGUUUGUUUGUUUGUUUGUUUGUUUGUUUGUUGUUUUUAUUUGUUUGUUUGUUUUUGGUUUUUUGUUUUUUUGUUUGUUUUUUGUGGGUUGUUUGUGGG